AUGAAGUUCCUAGGUCUCGUAUCAGCUGCUCUUGCACUCGCAGGCACGGCCCUCGCUGAAGAGAAGCUCCAAAUCGGUGUGACGCGUGCUGUGGCAGAGAGCGACUGCCCUCGCAAGACCAGGUCUGGCGAUAAAGUGUCGAUGCACUACCGCGGUACGCUCAAGGAUGGCGGCAAGCAAUUUGACGCUUCCUACGAUCGCAACCAAGAGUUCAAAUUCACUUUGGGGGCUGGACAAGUCAUCAAGGGCUGGGACCAGGGAUUGCUUGACAUGUGUAUCGGCGAGGCUCGUAAGCUCACUAUUCCUGCUGAGCUUGGCUAUGGAUCUCAGGGUGCUGGCGGCGUCAUCCCUCCCAACGCCGUUUUGGUGUUUGAAGUAGAACUCAUGGGUGAGUUGAACGAUGCUCUCUGCUGGACAAAGCUAACAUCGCAGGUAUUGAGGGCUACACGCCCCCUGCUACGCCUGAUGCCGGCGGCAAGGUGGAAUUGUAGAUGGCAGUGUCUCAGGUAG